AUGCUUACCGCCCCAUAACUCCGCUGCAGCCUGAGGGGAGCCAGACACACUCUCAGGCCCCGAAUAUAGAAAAAUUAUUGGAAAAAAUCGGAAAAAAGUAUAAAACAUCAGAUCGAGGGGAGAAAAGGACGGGGAGCGGUGGCGUGGGCUCUCCCACGGCGGGUGUCUGGUCCGGUGCGAGAUGGAAGGUUACCGGGGCUCCAUGUGAAAUUGACUAAUGCAGUGCUGGAAACUUUUUGCGGCCCCUCGCUGUUGACGUCUGAUGUUCUGUGCAUGUUUUCGGCGAUCUGGACAGUAAAAAUGCAGAGCAGUGUUUCCCACUCACCGCCAACCAUAGCUGUUGGGACUGGGUGAGGAGGAGAGAACAAGAGAGUAAAGGAGAGGAGCGACUGAAGCAGAGAGAGAAGGAAAGGGCAGAGACAAAAGAAGAAUUAGUAUUUCACCAGCAGAUUUUGGCUUACCUCGAUGUUCCCGCUGGAUCAUUGGCCCUUCCUGUGAGCUGUCGAACACCCUCUUUUUUUUACAAACCCCCCCCCCACAACUUCCCACGUUGAGCCUGCAAGGCAGGGGAGCCACAAGUGAAUUUUCAUGGCAGCGGCACUCUAGGGCUGCCAUGGCAGCUGCUGCCGCCGAUGCCUCACACCGUAUUACCGCACUGACGCCGGAGGAAGAGGGACGAAGGACUGCCGCCAAGCUGUUUGGGAGCGCCGCCCCGCUGCCACGGAUAGAGAGAGAGAGAGAGCGAGAGAGGGGGAAAGAGAAAGAGAGAGAAGAAGGAGGAGGAGAGGUAGGGAAAGCGAGUGGGAACGAGUGUUUGGUGUGCGGGGCCCUGUUUGCCUCACAGGAGAAGCUCCGGCUCCACGCCCUGAGUCACACAGGAGAGAAACCCUUCCACUGCUCACAGCCACACUGUCCCAAGGCCUUCAGCUCCAAAUACAAACUCUUCAGGCAUAUGGCCACACACUCUCCACAGAAGACCCAUCAGUGUUUGUUCUGUGAGAAAAUGUUCCACCGCAAAGAUCACCUGAAGAACCACCUGCAGACCCAUGACCCCAACAAGGAGGCCUUCAAGUGUGAGGAGUGUGGGAAGCACUAUAACACCAAGCUCGGAUACAAGCGUCAUGUGGCCAUGCACUCUGCCACGGCGGGGGAUCUCACCUGUAAAGUGUGCAUGCAGAGCUACGAGAGCACACCCGUGCUCUUGGAGCAUCUCAAGAGUCACUCCGGGAAGUCUUCGGGUGGCACCAAGGAGAAAAAACACCCGUGUGACCACUGUGACCGUCGUUUCUACACACGGAAGGAUGUGAGACGGCACAUGGUGGUCCACACAGGCCGAAAGGACUUCCUAUGCCAGUACUGUGCCCAGCGCUUCGGCAGGAAGGACCAUCUGACGCGCCACGUGAAGAAAAGCCACUCGCAGGAGCUGCUGAGGAUCAAGACGGAGCCUCCUGAUAUGUUAGGUCUUUUAGCUUCUGGGUCGCCACCUUGCUCUGUGAAGGAGGAGCUCAGCCCCAUGAUGUGCGGCAUGGGUCCCAACAAAGACCCCAUGAUGGGCAAACCGUUCCCCAGUGGAGCCCCUUUUCCGAUGGGCAUGUACAACCCCCACCAUCUCCAGGCUAUGCCUAAUUCUGGGGUGGGUCAUCCACACCCGUCCCUGAUGCCCAGUCCAUUGUCUGCAGCUAUGGGCAUGGGCUGUCACAUGGAAACCCCUGGACCUCUUCACCCACACUCCCAUCACCACCACCAUCACCACCACCAUCACCACCACCACCAUUCCCCUCCACUGCCCUCACACCACCAGUCUCCGGCUCCCCAGCAGCAGCACCAGCCCCAGCAAGCCCACAAAUACCAGCUGGGACCUACCUCAUACCUGCUGGACAAGCCCUUGAAAGUGGAGAUGGAGAGCUUCCUCAUGGAUCUGCAGAGCGGCUCGCCAGGCCCGAUUUCCUCUGCAGAGACACAUGCUGCUGCCUCACCCUCCAAGGAUGGACUGGAGCCCACCUCGGGCCUGGUGGACGAGCUUUGCGGGGAUCACCUCCUGUCCAAGAGCCCUGCGGUGAUCGCUGAGUCUCUGUGUGCUGCUAACAUGGACUUCUCCCACCUACUGGGGUUCCUGCCCCUCAACCUGCCUCCCUACAGUGCCCCCAUGAGCACGGGAGGGCUGGUGAUGGGCUACACCUCAUCUGCGAACCCCUCCUCUUCCUCCUCCUCUUCCUCAUCUCUGCACGCUGUCGAGCCCCAUGCUGCAGCAGUUGCCACGGCACCACUUACCUCUUUGCAACCGCAACCUCAGGAGCAGCAGAGCUCCGGCGGGGGUCUGGGCCUCGGAUCCCUGCACCACCUCCCACCAGUGUUCAGCUCCAGCCUUAGUAACACCACGCUGCCUCGCUUCCACCAGGCCUUCCAGUGAGAGAGCCAGCCCUCGGCCCAGCCCGGCCCAGCCACGACGGCUAAGUAUGGAUAUUUCGGGCUGUGUUUUUUUUUACAGGGCCUGUUGAAGAAGUUGGAGAAUUGGAAUAAAUAAAUAUACAAAUGAACACUUAGAAGCCUUAAAUGAAAGUGCACAAAAGCUUUUGAUUGAGCCUUAAAAGGAACUUAAACCCCUUUGAGCAAAAAGGAAAAGGUGAGAAAAGAAGUUGAAGCCGCUUUUAUUUGGGCUUUUCCCCCACCCUUUCCUAUAGUUAUAACAAUGUAUUAACCCAUCCUUUUUUGUUUCCAUUUGCUUACCCUUUUAUCCCCCUCCCAUCCCCUAUUUAGUAGUAUAGAGGGCAGGAUCAGUAGGCCAAAAGGCGUGGUACUGCAUACUUUAAGUAAUAAUAUAAAAAAAAAAUCAAAGAUAAUUUUCUUUUAGUGAAGAUUAUCUGUCUUGUUGUGACCCAGAAAAAAAAUAUAGUUUGAAGUGAAUAUUUUGUUUUACUUUAUUUUUAUUUUCCAAAUGUAAGAACAUGGUAGAAUGUGUCUCAUCUUUAGUUUUGAACCACCCACUCUAAUAACCUAAACGUCAUGAUCAGUACAGAGAGUUUCUCCUCUCUCUCUCUCUCCCAGUGAAGGAAUGGAGAGAUACAGACAGCAAACCGUAACUCUAAAAUCCUCCUCAAGAUGGCCAGACGAGAGCCACAAAAGCCCUUCUGUCUCUAAAAAAGUGCUCAUUAAACAAGAAACAUAAAUUAGAUGUCCCUAUUAUUUUCUUUUAACGGUAACUGAUGUGCUCCCAAAGUUCAGUUUCAAUGAAAAACAGACUAGUGACACCAGUCACACACAUGGCCACACGUUUUUAAGGAAAAGGAAAAACAAAGAAAGAAUCGUGAGUUAAAGUGUGUGAGUUGGUUGAAAAUGAUGUAAUAUCAUGCUGGCUUUUUUUUUUAUGUUCCUCAAGAGAAGCACUUUUUAUUUUUUAUUUUUUUAAGCAGAAGGCACUUGACCUUUAGGAAUCUCCUUGGGAAACCUUUGUCUCCUUCCUUUUGACUUUUCACUGCCUGAGACAGAGACGUUCUCCCCACUCUCCUUCCUUCACCUGUCUCCCUACUAACAGUUAUCUUUAAAAGUUCCCAUGAGAAUAAUGCAUAACGAUAACUGCAGCCACUACUUGGCUGCCCAACAUACCUAAAAUAUAUAUUUUUGGAACAAACACAUCUUUAGGCAGUCUUUUAAAAAGAUGCAUCAUCAUGGUAAUGAUGAACCCUGACAUAUGUGAAUGGCAAAAAACAACAAAAGAACUUCAGUGACAGAUGAGUAAAAAUGUGUUAAAGAAUGUUGUUGCAGUGUACGAAAUAUCUCAAAAAUGAAUAUUAUUAUUGCUUUUAUCUCAGUAAGGUGUAUUUUAGGUAGACGUAUUAAAACUAAGUGAUGAUGUUUUUGAUGUCUGGCAGGUUUACAUUUGUGUGUAUCUUGCAUUUUUGAUCAAAUGGAUGAAGUAUUAGCCUUUUCCCUUAAGCUUUCUCUGUCAUAUCCAAUCUUUACCUUUACAUGUACUUGAGUUAGUAUAGCAGAAUCAGAACUGUGGAUGGGAAAUAUCUAUAGAAGGCUGUUAGUGGCUUAAUAAUCAAUUAGGAUUUGAACUAGAUAGAUUGUUGGGAUGCUGACAUGGACGGCCUAUGAAUCUCUGUCUGUAGGUCCAGAUCCAAUGGAAUAUGUAACCCCUUUGCUGUGGUGAGAUCCCACUACGAGCUCAGUGGGAUUGGAUGUUUAGGAGUUUAGAUCCUUUCUAACCCUUCACCACCAGCCUCUAAAAACCUGAGCCCAAAGUUAACCUAAGCUUCAAAGUGAAACAGGUGCUCUUCACCUAACGUUCUGUCUGUGCCAUGACCAACACAACACCUAUAACUUCACACAGAGGUGAGCUCCUGCAUCCUCUGUGAGAAUUCAUUUUGUGCUGAAAUGUCGUCCCAGACGUAGAAGAAGGCCCGCUCACUUCACAUAGGCCACAGGCCCCCGAUCGCCAUUCAAUGUUAAACAAAACAAAGAGAAACACAGCACAUAAAAAUGAAAAAUAAAAUACACAUUGCUGCUUUUAGCUACGGUUGCUGAUGGACGACAACUGUAGACCACUAGAACAUUUCAAUUAUUUUUGCAAGAUGGACAGCGAGCUGAAAACAUGCACAAACGGAACCAACAAAGUGUUCAUCCUCCCCGGGCCCCAUCCCCUCCUCCUCCUCCUCCUCCUCCUCCUCCUCCUCCUCCUCCUCUCUCAGCUGCUUUGUAGAGUCAAAAGUUAAGGGUCUGAAAUUACGGCGAUAUCCGGAAGAACGCAGUCACCGAAUUCCCAGGCUUUGACAUUCAAAGCACAGGGGGGGACAUGACUGACUGCACAACCUGGGGUAUUGCUCAUAGUCAUAUAUUUGUUUUGUUUGUUGUCAUAUGAUAUAUUAUUUUCUGUUUGUAUAAAACAGGACCUCGAAAAACAACACAACACAUCACCUCAUUUUUAUUUGUUUUAUUUUUCUUACCAAAACCUGGGGAGAAGAAACUCAAUUUUUGCACAAUUUCUUGAUACAAAAAUGCUACAAGAGUUUUGUAAUACUGUAGGAUAUGAAACCCGGACGAUGAGCAGCUGAUUAAAACAGGUGAAUAUUCCCCUUGGGAGGAAGCAGCGGAAAAUGAGAAAUUAGCUAAAUGUAGGAAAAGCUUCCCCGCAGUCGGACUGUUAAACAUUUACAUCGCUAAAAUUGUAGAUUUUACAAUCCAAGUUCUGAACUCAUUUGAAAUGUAUUUUACACGUAUUAGUUACCCCCCUGGGAAGUCAUUAUUUUGAUAAUGACUUGUAAAAUGAUCAAACUUUUUAUUGAUCCUAAUUAGCUGUCGGCACCUUUGUGAGAAUUUUCAUGAUAUAGCCUCGACAAAAAAGGCAAGAUUUAAAUGUGAUCUUUAUCAUGAGUUUAAAAAAAGGAGGUUUUUAAGAAAAACCUCUUGGAUUAAGCCAAAUUUGUCGCAAUCAAAUUAAGCAAUUUUUACUUUUGUAACAAAUAUUCAUUAAGCCCUAAAAAAAAUAUAAAGAAAGAAAAAGUUAAAGAAAAGCUUUUGGCAUUUAUUAAGUUUGUCCUCCCUGGGUUUCUGUGAGCUAAUCUGAAUUCUAGCACUUUCAACCUUUAAAAAAAAAAAAAGAGUAUUUUUUCUUUUAAAAUUUCAGCUUAUAUGUUCAUAUGUUUUUAAUUUUGUAUUGAUCCUGUAUAUGUAUGUGCCAUUAGUUUGAUGUGUAGACUUUAUCAACCUUUGUGUAUUUCUCUUCUCCAAAAAAAUAACAGUAUUUUUGAUAGACUAAUAUCCUUCUAAAUAAGAGCCCCCUGCCCCUUCUCCUUAGAAACCUUUUUCGUUUUUGGGUAACCAGCUUUGCCUUCUCUCUCAUACAUUUAUCUAAUCAAACUCUACAGCCAAGUGCGUGACGAGAACAGCAAUAACAUAUCUGUUACUCUGAGGCAGGGAGAAACAAGACCGUUCUCAGUCGAGUGUCAAAGCCGCAGCCUGACCACGUUGUUGCAACACAGACACAUCUGCACGCUACUUUUAGACCAUGUAACUGAAUUUCUUUUUAUAAAAAAUGCCAUGAGUGACCCCAAAACUUAGCACUUAGAGCCCACUGAACUCAUAUGUAUAGCUUUGAAUUAAUGUUACUAAACAUGCACUCAUCAAGGAGUAAAAAAAAGGAGUGUAACCUUUAGAUAUUUUAAGACGGAAGUGAAAAACGUGGAAGUGUUGUCAGGCUGUGAAACACUGACAGCAUGUUGGGGUCUAAGAGCUGAUUCCAGACGGAUUCACCCAGGACUGGGAGAAUUUAUUCAUAGUGGGAUCAUUCUGGGAAAAUGAGCCCCGUCUCUGGACUCACACCCCAAUCUGUAUGGAAGCCCAUUUCCACACAAAAAAAGAAAGAAAAAGAAAAUCACUAAAAGUUAAAAAGUUUGAAUUAUGUGCUACAAAGUCAAAAUUUGACUUACUAUCCAAUAAUUCUAACUUCUGACAAAGUCCAAAUGUAGCCUGUACAUUUUUUUAUUAAUGUUAUAAUUUAAUCUUUGGAAGUGAAAAUGUUUAAAUCCUCAUAAUGUUGUACAGAGGCCCUGAAAGGCAAGUGAGAAAUAUUUUUCAGGUGAUCCAAAAGUUACAAAAACAAAAAACUUUGAUAGAUUAUCCUGGCAAAGUCUUUUUUUUCACUUUUCCUUAAGUCAUAAAAAAAGAAAAUACAACAAUUAUAAAUCAGACUCAUAAAUAUUAAUAUUUUGACUUCUAUUUCCUUACUACUACUACUACUACAUACUGGGCAUACAUACAAGAAUAUUACUUACACAUUUUAUAUAUAUAAUAUAUAUAUAUAUAUAUAUUAUUUAUAUAUAAAAUGAUGCUCCCUGACUUGACAGUGAUGUUAUUCUGUUCCUCGGCUUGGCUGUAGCUCCAUUACCUCGACCUGCACCUACUAGGGAUGCACUUAUCCUACCCUUUCCUCUUUACUACUAGGUGCAGAACACAAGCAUUUUAAGGGAAUUUGUUCAUCAGUUUAACUGAUUUGACUUUAAUAAUGCUCUUUCUUUCUCUCCCUCUCUUUUCUUUGAUUUUAUUAAGAAACUUGGUACUGUCUGAUGCAGGCAACAUCCACAUGUAGUUUUAUAUAUUUCUAGCUUAAUGUAAGUCUUGCAUUCCAACCUCUUUGUGUAUCUCAUUUAGUGACAUUUUAUUUUUAUCACUUGCUAUUACAGCCACCUCUGGAAUAAAAAGGGUGAAAAAAGGUGAACGAAAAUAGAAUAUUUGCAUUCACUUACACUAUUUUAUAUAGCAUGGAGUUUAUCAACUACAGGGAGAAUUAUAUAAACGAUGUGCUUCGGAGAAAGAAAGAAAAUGAGAAGUCUUUGCUUUUUUUGUUACAUAUCUCACAUGCAAUCAGUUGCUGCAAUGUAGAAGUGACAGAUUUGUAUAUUGGUUGAUCCAAAGAGAUGAUGAACACAACAACAGAACUAUUGACUUAUUGUACAGUACAGUGUAUCUUUGAGUUGUCAUGUGUUAUGUUGAAAUGAUUAAAAGACAAACCAGCGGUUUCAUACUC